AUGGUCGUUUCUCUUUUCAUGAUAGAAGAAACAAAACAGAACUGAAUUAGAGCAGUAAGUAUUUCGUAACAAUGUCUUCAGAGAAAGCAAGAAGAGAUAUUCAUAUCAAAGGUGUUGCUACUGGUCCUGAACACGAGGGCCAACACCAAGGCUUUGGCCAAAAGGGAAAAUCUCAUUAUAAGCUUCAUUCUCCUCCUGCUAAAGUUGGAGGGCUCGAAUUCUCUAGUGGAGUAAUAAUGCAGCAAGAGCAAAGUCCGAAAGAACAGCGGCCAGAAGGUGAAGGGAGAGCUGAAGGAGGAACUCAUCCUCAAGAAAGUGGUACGGAGGAGAGAAACGCUCCCUCUUUGGAGGAAACUGCACCGCAGAGGGGAACUGCACAACAGAAUUCAAUGGAUGUUUUGACAGCUGCUGAAGAACGGUAUCAAAAGGCUAAGGAAUUGGGGGCGGCUGCAUUGCAUGAUGCGAAAGAAUCGGCGAGUCAUGGGCUUGGUGCUGCUGGUUAUUAUGCUACGGCGAAAGGUGCACAAGCCAAAAACACUGUUUCUCAUGGUGUUCAAAUUGGAUCUCAGUAUGUUGCUGAUAAAGCUGUAGCUGCCAAGGACACCACCCUAGAGAAAGGUGCACAAGCCAAAGAUACUGUUGUGCAUGGUGUUCAAAUUGGAUCUGAAUAUGUUGCUGACAAGGCUGGAGUUGCAAAGGACACUGUUCUUGAGAAAAGUCAGCAAGCUUAUACUGCAACUAAAGAUACACUUUCAACUGCAGGACAAACUGCUGUGGAAUCAGCACAGAAGGCAAAAGAUUACACCCUGCAAAAAGCAGGGGAGACAAAAGAUUAUGCUGCUGAAAAAGUCAGUACCGCAGCUAAGUCAACAACUCAUUACGCUGGCGAAAAAACUACACAAGCCAAACAGACUGCAGCAGAACUAAGGAAGACGGCUGCAGAGAAGACCAAGAAUGCAGCAAGUUAUGUUGGGCAUAAGGGUGUCGAAGCUAAAGACGCCACAGUAGAAACAGGAAAAAGAGCUAAAGACGCUACAGUAGAAACAGGAAAAAGUGCGGUAGUAUAUGCAGGGGAAGUAGCCGAAACCGCGAAGGAUAAAACAGAAAUUGCUGGGUUAGGGGCUGCACAUUAUACUGCUAAAGCAGCUGCAGAGGCAACCAAAGCCACGGCUGGAGUUGUUUCUAGUGUUGCAGGGUAUGCAGGAGAGAAAGUGGUCGCGGCGAAGGAUGUGGUAGCUGAUGCUGGAAAGAGCGCCGUGGGAUAUGCAGGGGAUAAAUUGGCUGUUGCUAAAGAUUAUGUAGUUUCAGCUGAAGAAAGUGCAGCAGAUUAUACGGCUAGAAAGAGGGCAGAAGUUGAGAGACAAUUAGAAGGUAAUUCCAAGGGAGAAAGCGAAGGCGGAGUCAUUAGUGUGGAAAAGCAAUCACAAUGAGAUUAUGAGUUGGGCAUGCUUUUGGUCCUUCAUGAGAAGGCUGGUUGGUUAGGGGAAUGUUAGGUGUUUGUUUCAUAGAAGUUGUAAAAAGGGUAUAAGUACAUAUGUUUUUUUUGUUACAAGUGCAUUUCUGUACAAGUUCUGCUUGUGCAACUUCUUUUGUUAUUAGUGAAAACUUUUGCAAGUGUAUGAUGAUGAACUCUUUAAGUGUGA